AGACUUGUAACUGACAUUUAUUUUACUUAAACACAUAAACAAUGGUACAAGAAGGUACCAAAUAGAUUUGCUCCAUAAAAAUCAUUAGAUUUGUGUGAGGACUAGGAUCCUGUCCGGGUGCCCAAAGCGAAACAUGUGGUUUUCUUAGGGGGCCACACCCGUAGCCUUUGACACAAAGACCUGAUCCACGAGGCAGUAGAGCUAUCAAUCAACCUUCAUAUUAGGCUAAUUAUGAUUAGUUAACCAUAUCAAUACUUUAACCGUGUUCACGGAUUAUUGAACCCGAGAUGAAUUCCUGAUAUUCUUGUGAGAAUUUUGAAACGUAGGGAGUAAAACAAUCGUCAUUUAUCACAUUACACAACCACUUUACUAUAUCACGAAUUGAGUGAUAUCCGAAUUAUGUUCUUCUGUAUACCAAAUCAGUUAUGUAAUGGUUAAGUAACCGCUAUUAGACAUGUAGAUUUUGUGUUUGAUAUCAGACGUAAUCAUGUAUACAUACACCACUGAGGAGUCCCAUGUUAAGAAGAAACAGUAAUGGGUAAUGAGACUCCUUAACUCAAAAUCUAUUCGAGACCAAAAACAUAGUGCAUGACAGCUGAUCAAAUACACACAAAGAUGAAGUAUAUAGCAACGUGACUAGUAACAACUAUGAUACAAAUAAGAUUUAAACAGCAAAUUCGUCGUUGAUGUUGGUACGGUAUUUGACUUCAUAAAAUGAAUAUGUAUAUCAUUCAUUUGUAUUUUAUGGAUUAUUAUUAUUAUUGUUAUCGUCAUCAUCAUAAAUUUCAUAAAUGAACAUUAUCCAUAUUAUUAUAAUACAAAUUCAAUCAUUUAAAUUUGGAAAUUAUGCUUGUCAAUGGUGAAUAUGUAGAUGGUUCAUGGUUAUUAUCAAUCUAUAUAGAUGAUUUAAAUAUUCAACGUGAUAUACGUGUACAUGGUGAAUGGUCUAUUAAUGAAUUAAUUACACAAUUAAUUGAUGGUUUAAUAUGUCCCCAAAGAAAAUUAUUACAAUCCAAUGAAAUAAGUUUACAUUCUAAUCAUAUUAAAAUGAAUUGGGAAGAUUAUGGUUUAUGGUGGCCAAUAAAAUCCAAAUGGUUAUUAAAAACUAAAUUAAGUUUAAAUCAAUAUGGUUUACAAGCAGAUGCUAAAUUACAUUUUUUAUCCAUAUAUGGACAAUUAAAUAUACAAUUACCCGAUUUACAAAUACGUAAAUUUAUUGAUAUCAAUUUUGCUGAACCAGUUUAUCGUGUUACAUUAUCUAUAUGUCAUUAUUUAAAUAUAAGACAUUCAGAAGAAUUAUCAUUAGGUUAUCCUAUUCAACAGAAUGAUUUAAAACAUUCACGUUUUAUACCAAAUUCUAUAAAUAAACAUGAUCAAACAUUAUCGAAUACAAAGAAAUAUUCAACAUUUCAACGUAGUGCUACUAUAAAUACAACACAUUCACAAUAUAAAACAUUACAUAAAGAAUCAUUAUUUCAAAUGAAUAAUGAAAUGAAUACAAAUCAAUCACAACAACAAGAUGAUGAAAGAUCUAUGAAAAGUUCUAUAUUAUCAAAACAUUCAAUUCAAUUAUAUGGUCCACCAAUAAUACGUGAUAAACGUUAUCAUUAUUAUUCUAUAAGACAUAAUUCAAGAAAUUCAAAUCAUCAAACAACCUUAUCAUCAAUUCCAUUUAAUUUACGUAUUCUAGAUGAUCCAUCAUUAAUUUAUAGUCCGAUUAUUCAUAUAGAUGAAGCUAUACAAAAUCAUUUAAUUGUAAGACCAAAUAAUUAUAUACAACGUAUACGGUUAAAUACAAUAUGGUUAGAUUCAUCUAAAUCAUUAUUAGAACAAGGUAUAACUAUGUUAGGGUAUAAUCCUUCCUCUACUUUUUCUUCAUCUUCUAUGAAUCGACCUAAUUCAUCAGGACAAGUACAAAAUGAUGAAUAUACAAAGUUAUCAAAUAGUGACAAAGAUAAUAAUACAAUACCAACAUUAAUUCUACGUUAUAAAUAUGGUAUCUAUUAUGAUUUAAAUAUAAAAUAUGAUUUAAUACGUAUUAAUCAAUUAUAUGAACAAGCGAAAUGGUCAAUUCUAUCAGAAAUUUAUGAUGUAACAGAUGAAGAAGCAUGUUUAUUUGCUGCAUUACAAUGUCAAGUUGAACUAGCUACUGAACAAGAAACAUUAAUGAAUGAUGAAAAUUUAUUGAAUAAUGAUAAUGAUAAUGAAGAACAUAAAGGAAUAAAUGAUACCAUAGAUACAAAUGAUAAACAACAAUUAGUUAAUUGUUCACUUGAUAAAAGUAUUAUUGAUAAUUGUAAUAAAAAUAUGAAAAAAAUGAAAUCUACAUUGAUGAAACAUAAUCGUGAUAUUUCACCAUUAGGUGGGUAUUUACAUACAACAGGUUAUUAUUCUAUGAAAUCAUCCACAACAACAACAACAACACCUUCAAGACCAUUAAGUACUAUUGAAUUAGAUCAUGAGAUUGAUAUUAUGCUUGAUGAAUUAUCCAUUGAUUGUUUACAAAAUAAAGAUUCUAAUCGAUUAUCUAAUGAUAUUCAACAUUCUAAACUUAAAGAACAUUCAAUACGUCCAUUAAGUUUAUUGAAUACUUCAAAUCAUAAUGAAGAUGAUAUAGAUAGUUUAAUGAAUCAUGAACAAUAUGAUAAUGAUAAUCAAUAUAAUUUACCUGAAUUGAAUACUUAUGUCAAAAUAUGUAAACCAAGAAAAUUUGGAUUAAAAGUAUUUCAUCGUUACUAUAUAUCUAUUAAAGGAAUUGAAUUAUAUGUUUAUAAGAACAAAGAUGAUUAUUUAUCAAAUAGUGAUACUGUUGAAGUAAUCUAUUUACCAGGAUGUGAAAUACAAUCAGAUUUAUAUAUUACUAAUGAAAAAUUUAAUAUACGUUUAUUUGUUCCAAUAACACGUACUAAUUUACCAUUAUCAUCUGCAUUUGCUUCAUAUCAAUCAAAUAAGAUAGAAACAAAUGAUGAAGAUCCAACUAUAAGUAGUAAAUUAAAACGUAGGGCAUCAUUAUUAUCAUUAACUUCAUUAUCCCAUUUAAGUAAUGCUCUUGGUAUAUCAUCAUCAUCAUCCGCAUCAUCACAUCAUCAUACACAGAAUGGACUCAUUAAUAUAAGUGGUAUUGGUGCAUUAACUGGUUCAUCUGCUACUAUGACUGGUCUUAUCAAUGAAUUAUGGUUACGAUUUUUUAAUUUAAAUGAUUACAUAGAUUGGUUAACAAUAUUACGUAUGACAACAGCUAUACAAUCAACAAUCAUACUUCAUUCUUAUACAGAUAUCCCUAAUACAUCAUCUAAGAAAUCAUCUAAGAAACAACAGACUAUUCUUUCUUCUUUAUUAAAUCGUUCCACAUUCAAUAUAGAACAUAAAGCAAUUAGAAAUCUUAUCAAUUUAUUAUCACCAAAUUGUUUAAAUCUUAAACAAACAAAUAAUGAAAUGAUCAAUUUAACUCGAUUAUAUAAUCAUUUAGAGAAACGUUUCAUUGAUCUAUUACCAUUAAGAUUAGGCUAUUUAAAAGUAUCACAAAGAACAUGGGAUUAUAGACGAGAUCAUUAUUAUAAUCAAUAUGAUAGUUUAUUAAAACGUUCAAAUACUUUAACAAAUCAAGAUAAACCUCCGAUUCAUUCACAAACUAUACAAACACGAACAAAUUUUAUUCAACGUAUUACACCUAUAUAUAGUCAAAUUAAUAAUUUAACUAGUUUACAAUGUAAAUUAAAAUAUAUUAAUGUAUGGGAACAAUUACAUUUACAUGGUAUUGCAUUUUUUACUGGACGUAUUGAAGUCAUUGUACCAUUGAAUACAUUAAUUCAUAAUGAAAAUGAUGCAUUAUGUAAUGAUAGUAAUGGUCAAAUCAAUUGGUUAUCUAAUAUAAAUCAAUCAAUCAUUCAUCAUAAUAAUUAUGUAACUAUAUCAAUAAGUCGUAAAAUAGAAUCGAUUGGUAUUGGAUCUAAACGAAUCUAUCGUUGUGAUUUAACAAAUGGUGAUAUUAUAGCAAGUUGGAAAAUGUCAUCAAUACAAAGUUGGCAUAUUAAUUGGGAAUUAAAUGAACUUAUAUUAAAUUUAAUGAAUCAAACAAAAAUUCAAUCUAACAUUAAGAAUACUACUCAUAACAUUAAUAAUAGUAGUAAUAGUAGUAAUAGUAAAAUGGAUCAUCAACUUCAUCAAUCCAUUGGUAAAUUCAAUGAAUUUACUGGUCGAGUUAUUAUAAGACCAAUAGAUGUAUCUGUACGAAUGAUAGCUGAAUUUUUAGGCGGUUAUACAUUUUUAAAUUUAAGAUCACCAGAGAAAAAUCAAUAUCUUGCUGAAGAUAUGUUUUAUAAAUUAACUACUGGUAUAUCACAACCAUCAAUCUAAUCAAAUAUAAUGGAUGAUUACAUGAGCUUGAAUGAUGAUGAUGAUGAUGAUUAAAUGAAACCUUUGAAUGCUGAUGUCUUUCAAUGAUCGAUUAUUUUAUUGAAUAUUUGUUUGUUUGUUUGUUUGAAUGGCAUGCCGUAAAACUUAUCUUGUCUAUUUGUAUCUCUCCCACUUACUGAUAUAUAUAUAUAUAUAUAUAUAUAUAUACAUCCAUAUAACUCUUGGUCAGUGGUUCAGUUUAUAUACAUACAAUAUACAUACUACAUAGAUAGAAGUAUAUACACAUGGAUACUACAUGCAUACAUCUUCCCGUAUAUAUUUUACCGAGUUAUUAUUAUUAUUAUUGUUCAUAAUAUCUUUUAUUGAUUAAUAUAUAAACUAAUUUUCUUUAUCAUUAUCAAUGAUCCUAUUUCCUAUGACAACUAACUAUAUCCUUUAUAAUAAUUCACUUGAAUUAUCUCAAGGAGAGUUAUUUUUAAGAAAUUGUAACUAUGCCUAAACAAAUCUAAUCUAUACAUUGAUUCAUUGAAUUAUAUUAAUAAUGAGAUCAUAUUGUUUUCUUUUCUUUUCUUUGCUUUACUUCUUCAUCUAUUACUUAUAUUCAUUUCGGUAGUACAAGUUGUGAUGAUGAUGAUGAUGAUGGCGGUAGCGGUGGGGGGGGCGGGAAAAUAUCAAAAAGGUUAUUUAAUAUAUUUGAUUGUGUAGUAUACAAAAUGAUAGGCAUCAUGAUUUGGUUCUUUUUAUUUUCACAUUCAUGAACUAUUUUAUUGAUUUAAUCUUUUUAGAUGCUUGUUAUUAUUAUUAUGAUGAUGAUAAUGAUUACUAUAAUAUUUAUGGCACUACUUAUUUCAGUAGUGCUGGAGAGAACAUAGAAAAGAAAGAAAAAAUAAUAUGACUUCCUAUUCAUUUAUGUAUCUUUAUAUUACGGUGCUUUUCAAUUGUUUCACUCAUCUCGUUUUUUGCGUGUGCGUGUGUGUGUGUGUUUAGUUGCUAAGACAUUAUUCACACCUAAGAAAUAUACACAUGGAUUUUGUUGAUUUUCAUUGAUUAUCAUUGUUCUAUAAAAAUAUAAUAAUACAUUUACAAAAUGAUUUACCACCAGUUUUAAUUGGGAAAAUUAUCAUUUCAUUUUCUUGAUAUAAGAGGGGGGGUGAAUUGAUCAAAUUGUUACAUUUGAUGUUUAUAUAUGUACUGUAUAGAUGUGAAGGUGCAUUUCAUUAUUGAAUCGGUGUCAUUUGACAAAUUAUUGUAAACUUUUAAAGCAUACAUAAGAUAAGAAAAGAAGUAUCAAUUAAGUAAUAAGUUGAUAUCUGUUGACUAGUAAUCGAAGCUUUUAUUAUUCUCAUGAUAGAUUGUUGAUAGAUAAUUGAUGUAGUUUAAGGAGACCUGAUUUCAUUGAUUCUAUCUUCUUAAUCACUUAUUCAUAUUGAAUACAGUUAUUGAUCAACAAAAAUUGUUUCUAACGUCGUUGGAUGCUGGCCAGUUCAGUGGUCUAGAGGUUAAACGUCCACUCGCGAGACCGAUAGGUCCUAUGUUCGAAUCUCACGAGGCAGGAUCGUGGAUACGCACUGCCGAAGAGUCCCAUACUAAGAGGAAACAGCUGUCCAGUGCUUUUAGGUUUUCCAUGGUGAUCUAGCUUCAAUUGACUCAUGAUCUCAACUCUUAAAAUUACUAUAAUAUCCACACAAAACCCCUUCAAAUAUGAAAUCUGAGUACAUUUAAAACUAUCAAUAAUAAUAAUCGUUUAAAAAUAACUAAAGUAACCCUUUUGUAGCCUUAAAUUGAUUCCAGUUGAAUGGUAACAAUAAUGAAGCGUAAUUACUAAAUUAAUUUCAUAUAUUAUACUUAAGCUAACUGUUGUGCCUACCCUACCCCCCCCAUUUGACAUCAUAAGCAAGAAUACAAGAGUGGACACGAAAGUAUAUUAAAUUACCGAAUAAAAUAUACAAUUACUUAUUCAGAUAUGUACAACUCAACCCUUUUAGGAAAUCAAUCCAUUUCUUAUCCACUGAAAUGCAUUUAUCUAUCAAGUUACUUUUGAUUACUAUCGAAUGACCUCAUUAGGCUACUUCUGAUUGGCUCACUAUAUCAUGAACUAUAUUGUACAAUGAUGAUUAUAAGGUGUAAACUAUGUCGAAAUGAUUCAUUUGAGACAUUUAUUUACAUAGACAGGUGAUAAGAGAUGUAGUGCAGUGAUAGAUAAUACAACAAUGUAUGAAAUACAUGUAAAUAGAUAGGUACAUACAAAUAAACCAUGAAUACAUAUGAUGGUUGUUAUAACUUGUGGUUUGAGUGUCCUGUUAAUGUAUAAUGUAACAAUACCGCCAAUUAGAGAGCAGUGAAUUAUCGGUCGGACCAAUGAUGCAUAAAACCCGUACGAGCAGUCUAGAGUCCUUAUCGGUCCUGCUUUCCGCCUAGCCCAGCCAGUUAAUUCAGAACACCAAUCUCAGUCUCUGCAAUAUGAAUCAUUUAUCUCAAGCAUACAGGGUUUAUGUACCAAUCAAACAGACCACAACGUACCGUAAAAUGGGAAACAACAUUUGUACAAGACUUAGCCAAAUGUGGCUGUGAAUGAGGGAGCUAGUAAUUAAUAGACAGAGCAUAAUUCAAGAAUGGUAGAUCGUACAAUAAUAGUUCAUAGGUCAAAAUGAACCUCAUAAAAAAAGGAACAUGAAUAUGAAUAGUUUAGUUAUUUAAAAAUUAUACAAUAGAAAUAUACCUUUAGUAUUGGUCCAUAAAUGGAUCCCAAAAGUUACCAUUCAUUAUUCUCAUCGGGACAUAAUAAUGGUAAACAGUUACCAAGGACAAAUAAAUGAAUAAGUUAUAGAGAAUAAGACAGAAGAAAUAACAAAGUAUAAACAGAUUUCAUUCAACUUAAUAAAACUAUUAAUAGUUCCUAUAGGUUACUUUAUCAAUAUGAAGUGAACGAGAACAUAUAACUGGAGACUAAUGGAAUGUCAUUAAAUACAAAAUUAAAUAAUGCCUUAGUAAAAUCUGAGAACCAUAUAGUGAAUUAUUUCUUCUGGUUAGCAUUAGCGUUCAUGGAGAACAGCUGACAGAUACAUUUCAAGUAAGAACCGAAGUCAGACAAAGCUGUCUACUCUCUCCCUUCAUCUUUCUUCUGGUGGAUUUGGACUUCGCAGAUGACCGAGCCCUCCUAUCGCAUACACACGAACAAAUGCAGAUAAAGACAGCCAGUAUAGCAGCAGUCUUUGCAUCAUUAGGCCUCAACAUACUCAAGGGGAAAACUAAGAUCCUCAAACACAGCACGGAGAACACCAACCAAAUCACACUUGAUGGCGAUUCUCUGGAAGAUGUGGAAUCCUUCACGUACCUGUGAAGCGUCAUCGACGAACAAGGAGGUUCAGAUGCAGACGUAAAGGCGAGGAUUGGCAAAGCGAGGGCCGCAUUCCUACAAUUGAAGAACAUAUGAAAUUCAAAACAACUCUCAACUAGUAUCAAAGCCACAAACUUCAAUACGAACGUCAAGACAGUUCUACUGUGCGGAGCUGAAACUACUACAACUAUCAUCAAGAAGGUACAAGUAUUUAUCAAUAGCUGUCUACGUAAGAUAUUCAACAUCCAUUGGCCGGAUACCAUCAGCAACAACCUACUAUGGAAGAGAACAAACCAGCUUCCAGUUGAAGAAACAAUUAGAAAAAUACGAUGAAAAUGGAUAGGACAUACAUUAUGGGAAUCACCAAACUACAUCAUGAGACAUGUGCUAACUUGGAAUCCCGAAGGGAAGAGGAAAAGAGGAAGGCCAUUGAGCACAUUACGUCGGGAAAUAGAAGCAGAUAUGAAGAGGAUGAAUAACAACUGGAAGGAGCUAGAAAGGAUUGCCCAGGACAGGGUUGGAUGAAGAGUGCUUGUGGUUGGCCUAUGCUCCUCCAAUGAGGAGUUACAUGCGUUAGUAAGUAAGUUUUACAGUAAAUUCUUCAUUUGCAAAAUGUCAAUCAAUCGUCUCAGACUUCAUUGUUCCUUCGUUUCCACACCAAUCAUCCAUUAUUCUUGUUCUGCUUUCUUCGAUCUUCUUAACCUUCUGCCGCUAGACAUUUAACUUUCCAUUGAUGAUAAAUACUACUUAUAUCUAUUGACAUCAGUAUCACACACCACAGUAAAUUGUAAAAACAAUAUAAUUUGUCCAUCUAUGAGAACUCUUAAAAGAAUCCAAACAAUCUUUUAGUGUCAAAAGGGGGUUUGGUGGAGAUUUUAGUAAUUGUAUAGUUGAAUUCAUGAGUCAAUUGGAGCUAGACCAUCAUGGGAAACGUGGAUGAUCGUAGAUGCGCACUGAUGAAGAGUCCCACAAUAGGAUGAAACCGCCGUCCAAUGCUUCCAGAUUUUUCAUGGUAACCUAACUUCAAUUGACUCAUGACUUCAACUACGUUGUUCUUAAUUACAAUUACGAUUUUAAUUAGGAAUUUAUAUCAGCUAUAUUGUAAAAAUAUUUUGUAGCCAUACAAUUAAAUUUAUUCUAUUAAAGAAAUACAGGAGGUAAAACAGGAUAAAAGUUACUACAAUCAAUCUGUGAUGGUAGCCAAUGACUUAGCAUAGGUUAGAUUCUUGAGUCUCAAAAUCUCAUUUCUUCCUCGUUCUAUACCAAAUCGUUCAUAUUCCAACUGAUAUUAUUACUGUUUUGUUCUUAUAUCUUGAUAAUAAACUACAUGAUAAGAUCAUCAAUUAUAAGCAUCGGCUUAUAUGACUUUGGCAUUGUGCCAAGUGAAUGAUGCGUUAACCAGUACCACCAGUCCAAAGUUAACUCUGAAUCCUUCUCUUCUAAUUGUACCCAUUAAGUCUAGAAUACAAUCUCACCUUUCAUUGCAUGAAUCACUUAUUUCAAACAUACUGGAGUUUAUAUACAAGCAAUUUAGACUACAUCAUAUCAUAGAAUAGAAAAUAACAAUUAUACAAGAUCAAGCCAAAAGAUGAUUGUGAAUGUGAGAGAUUGAAACGAAUAGGUUGAGAAUAACUUAAGAAUAGUAAAUCAUGUCAUCUUAGUCAAUAGAUUAAAUGGAAGCUUAUAAUGGAAAAGAAUAUGAAUAUUCAUAUAAUACUGUUACAGAUAUUACACGGUAAUAAAGGUAACCAACAAUGAUUACGUAAUGAAGCUUUCUUGUAGAGUUUUGUAUCAAAGAGGAUAUAUGACAAGUUCAAAAAACGUGAAGAAUCAUUUAAGUAACUGAAGGUGAUAUUGAUAAAUAAUUAUAAAAUAUUAAAAGGAAAUAUUAAUGUGUUAUAUGCUACUGAUGUCAAUAGAUAUAAGUAGUAUUGUAUAUAGAAUGCCUGAUGGCAGUAGGUUAUGAAGAUCGAACGUGAACAUGAACAAAGAAUGAUUGAUGUAGAAAAGAACAAUCAGUCAAAUAUGAAACGAGUGUUCUGAAUUCCACUGCUAGAAACUAUCCGUUUCUGCUUAAAAUAAAUGUUUAUGUUAUAAUGACCAUUUAUACAAAAUAUUAAGAAUACUGAGUUCCAUUCCCCAUGAGACUGUUGAUCUACAUUGACAGGAAACGUCAAAUUAAACACAAAGUUUAUAUCCUUCACUCAUUUAUCUAAUCACAAUUGCUUAUUUUCGGACAAUUAACUGUGCUAAUCCUUUACUCAUUCAUUUGUGUUCAGUUAACCGGUUAGUAUUUAUGAGCUUCAUAAACCUAAAUCACCACAUAUCUUAUGCUAAAUUUCGACAAGAACGACUGAGGUAUCUUAGUUUCCGGUUAGUGUAGAGUAAGUUCUAUUUACGAAUGAUUGAGGUUUCUACUGAGACGCCAUGAAUAAGGAUUCAGAUAGACUGAAUGUCUGUCACACAACAGGACUUUAACGUUAAACAUCCACACAUAGUAAUAGAGAAGGUGAGAUUUUCAGGAUAACUUUAUAUUCCUUACAGAAGUCAAAAACUGAAAAAAUUUUUACUCUAUUCUAUGGUACCAUGUUAUUAACUUGGAGUGCCUUAUGAAGUUAAUAGACUAAAAAUGACAAGCAAUCGGGUGAUAGCAAAUAUUAUUCUGGGAAUACAGCAGGUGAAUCGUGACUCGGAUAGCUCAUUGUUAACGUCUGUGAUUAUGAAGCUGAAUGACGUGAGAUGAAACCCAUCAGGAGUCAUCGGUCCUCUCAAGAUUACCAGUACACUUGUGGUGUGUGCUACUGAUGUCGACAGACAUAAACAGUAUGUAUCACUAAUGGAAAAUGGAAUGCUUCGAGGUUGAAAAACUGAAGAGAAGAGAACGAGAACAAAGACUGAUUGGUGUGGAAAUGAAGGAGCAAUCAAGUUUGAAACAAUUGAUUGACAUUUAGUAAAUGAAGUAUUUACUGUAUGGUUUUCAAAUUUUAGCAAGAUAUUCUGUAAUUUUAUGAUAAAAUACAUUUGGUUAUUCCUACUUGCACUUUUGUUCACUAGAUUAAGAUCAAAUUUAUAGCGUAAAUAUACUUAGAAGUUUUAAGAGUCAUCAUAUAAUGAAUGUUUAUGCAUGGUACUUUUACAUAAGGAAAUCAAGUUUGAAACAGC